CCCGCGCGGUGGCGGGAAAACAGCCGCUGAGGCGCAGCCUCUGAAACACGGAGGGGCGGCCACGAGCCUGGAGCGCGCCCUCUCCGUCAUGGACGCGGCCGAGGUGGAGUUCUUGGCCGAGAAGGAGCUGGUGACCAUCAUCCCGAACUUCAGUCUGGACAAGAUCUACCUGAUCGGGGGGGACCUGGGGCCCUUCAACCCCGGCUUACCUGUGGACGUGCCCCUGUGGCUGGCCAUUAACCUGAAGCAGAGACAGAAGUGCCGUCUGCUGCCUCCAGAGUGGAUGGAUGUGGAGAAAUUGGAACAGAUGCGAGAUGAGGAGCGGAAGGAGGAAACGUUCACCCCAGUGCCCAGUCCGCACUACAUGGAGAUCACCAAGCUCUUGCUGAAUCAUGCUUCUGACAACAUUCCCAAAGCAGACACCAUCCGGACACUGAUCAAAGAUCUAUGGGACACACGCAUGGCCAAGCUUCGAGUGUCUGCUGACAGCUUUGUGCGACAGCAAGAGGCACAUGCCAAGCUGGAUAACUUGACCUUGAUGGAGAUCAACACCAGUGGGGCCUUCCUCACCCAGGCCCUCAAUCACAUGUACAAACUCCGCACAAACCUGCAGCCCUCUGAGAGCACUCAGUCUCAGGACUUCUAGCCAGAGGCCUAUGCUGUGCAGACAUCUGCUGGCGUCCCAAGUUCUGGAUAUGACAGGCACUCAGCUCUGGAAGUGUGUGAUGGUGGAAAGAGGGUAUGGAACACUGGAGAAAGCAGUGAGUUUGCUACUCAUCUUUGUCAGAACUCAGCCAUACUGGAAGCUCAGUUUUAAUCAAGUAGAACCCACCAGCUUUUCUCUCCGGAAAGAAAACGAGACUUCAGCCUGUGUUUCUCUUAACGACCAUGGAUUCUUCUGCAUGCCAUGCACAGUGAGUGUCUGGGCCUGUUGAGCUCGGCUCAGUGUCUUCAAGCUUGACCUGUGGAAAGCUGUAC